CAAAACUGGCAUUGCGCAUGCGCGCUUCCUUGCGCGAGCCGGGCUGUCAGGUGUGUUUUGCUCUCCAGUCUCCGUGGUCUCUGCAGCACUCCAGGUUCUCCUCCAGAGCGCUAGUCCCAGGAGCUCGGAAUGUUCGUGGAACUUAAUAACCUGCUUAACACCACCCCCGACAGGGCGGAGCAGGGGAAACUGACUCUACUCUGUGAUGCCAAGACAGAUGGGAGUUUCCUUGUACACCACUUUCUCUCCUUCUACCUCAAAGCUAAUUGUAAAGUCUGCUUUGUGGCACUCAUCCAGUCCUUCAGCCACUACAAUAUCGUGGGACAGAAGCUGGGUGUCAGCCUGACCGUGGCGCGGGAGCGUGGACAGCUUGUGUUCCUCGAGGGACUCAAGUCUGCAGUGGACGUCGUCUUCCAGGCUCAAAAGGAGCCACACCCCCUGCAGUUUCUCAGGGAGGCUAAUGCUGGGAACUUGAAACCAUUGUUUGAGUUUGUACGGGAGGCCCUGAAGCCAAUAGACAGUGGAGAGGCUCGGUGGACGUACCCGGUGCUGCUAGUGGACGACAUCAGUGUGCUCCUGAGCCUGGGCAUGGGGGCGGUGGCUGUGCUAGACUUCAUUCACUACUGCAGAGCCACUGUGUGCUGGGAACUAAAGGCUUCCAUCUUGUAUCUGAUGCAGGGAAACAUGGUGGUCCUCGUGCACGACAGUGGAGAUGUGGAGGAUGAGGAGAAUAACAUCCUGCUGAAUGGCCUAAGUCAUCAGAGCCACCUGAUCCUGCGGGCUGAGGGCCUGGCCACUGGCUUCUGCAGGGAUGUGCAUGGGCAGCUGAGGAUCCUGUGGAGGAGACCAUCACAGCCCACAGCCCAGCGGGAUCAGAGCUUCACUUACCAGUAUAAGAUACAGGACAAAAGCGUGUCCUUUUUUGCCAAAGGAAUGUCUCCUGCUGUUCUGUGACCUGAUUUCGGAGCAGCUGAAGCUACAUAGGACUGUUUUUGGAUGUGGAAGAUAGAGCAACAUAGCAGGAAUGGGUCUUUCUCCUCUGUAGUAAUAUUUCAGGCUAGACCGGCGACUCCACUGUGACCAGAGGGUUGAGUGCUGCAGUGAUGGCAUGACUUGGCUGCCCUGGGCCCUAUUCAGAAAACACAAGGGACCACGAUCCUGCCUCUGCUGAAAGAGAGGCUGGAUGCUAGACCCAAGUGAAAGGGGUCCUUCGGAGCCUUUGUUUAAAUAUGCCUUAGCCCCAGCUGCCCAUUUUUGGUUGACAUGCCUUUCAGAGCCAGAGUGGGUAUAGAUGUGCCAGCCAGGAGAUAGCACCAGAUGGCAGGUGUGCAAGGUGACAACUAGGAUAAUCAUGACUGGAAUAAAGUAAGUUUCCACACUGGGGCUUCCUAUGGGUUGUCUUGUUCAAUUUCCAUCCUGGAAAGGUACUUUCCCUUUCCCUAUGAGUCCAGCGAGGAAACAGACCUAGAGAGGUUUGGAAGCACACAGGCUGCACAGCAAGCUGUAAGUAACUGUGCCUCACUCCACAGUCCACACUUGCUGACUGACAGUCAUGGAACCCAGAGGCCGGCUCCCCACCCAAAGGUGGGGACCUUUGGCUUCUCUAGUUUCUGUGGUGCCUUGCCUUUAUGCUAACAAAUCCUAGCCAUCAAGGGCCUAGCACCAGGGCCUUGGCCACAUGAGGCCCUGUGUAGGCACAGGUGUGUAUGGCCUUGGUGAGAGGGGUAAGGGAUGUUCUUGCUGCCAGACUGACUGGGCCUUGGCGAGGAGCUGGUGCCUUCCUCACCUGUGAAGACUGCAGGAGGUGAGCUGUUGCCCCGCAUCCUGUAGAUGACAACUAGUCCCACUCAGCCCCUCAGUUGAAGUCACCUCAGAGUAGACACCAGGUGUAUUCUCUUAAAAUGGUUGCUUUUUUGGUAUAUAAAUUAUACUACAAUGAAUUUUAUCUUAAAGAAAAUGAAAAAAUACUAUUUUGCUGUAUACUAAGGAACUUACAUAGCUGUUUUUUUCUUUUUCUUUUUUUUUUUGAGACAGAGUCUUGCUCUGUUGCCCAGUCUGGAGUGCAGUGGCGCGAUCUCGGCUUACUGCAAGCUCUGCCUCCCGGGUUCAUGCCAUGCUCCUGCCUCAGCCUCCUAAGUAGCUGGGACUACAGGCGCCCGCCACCACGCCUGGCUAAUUUUUUGUAUUUUUAGUAGAGACAGGGUUUCACCAUGCUAGCCAGGAUGGUCUUGAUCUCCUGACCUCGUGAUCCACCUGCCUUGUCCUCCCAAAGUGCUAGGAUUAUAGGUGUGUGAGCUACUGUGCCCAGCCUUUUUUUUUUUUUUUUUUUUUUUUUUUGAGAUGGAGUCUUGCUCUGUCACCCAGGCUAGAGUGCAGUGGUGGCGUGAUCUUGGCUCAGCACAACCUCCGCCUCUCGCGUUCAAGCUAUUCUCUUGCCUCACCUUCCCGAGUAGCUGGGAUUACAGGCACGUGCCACUGUGCCCAGCUAAUUUUUGUAUUUUUAGUAGAGACGGGGUUUUACCAUAUUGGCUAGGCUGGUUUUGAACUCCUGACCUCAGGUGAUCUGCCUGCCUUGGCCUCCCAAAGUGCUGGGAUUACAGGCAUGAGCCACUGUGCCCAGCCUCUUUUCUUUGUUUUGAGACAUGGUCUCUCUCUGCUGCUCAGGCUGGACUGCAGUGGUGUGGUUAUAGCUUACUGCAGCCUCGACCCUCUGGGCUCAAGGGCUCUUCCCACUUCAGUCUCCCAAGUAGCUGGGAUUACAGGUGCGUGUCACCAUGCCCAGCUCAUAUCUGUUGUUUAAUUUUAACUUCUUGGAUUUUUAGUGUUUGGGAAAAAUUUAUCACACUUCUCUUCAAAUCAUACCAUUGUGUAUGUUAUCCCUCUGAAACAGUAAGCUGCUUUUAUUCUCAAAAUACUGUAGACCUGAUAGAAUAUUUGAAAGUUAUGAGUGCCAUUAAGAGAAAGUAGUUAUUAAAGAAUCUAAUGAUUCUUUGACUAAGACUUCAGUAUUUAUACAAACUUCACUUGAGCUACGGUUUUGAAUGGGCAAGGCACCAUUUUUUACAUGACAUAAAUGUUGCUAUCAUGUUUCUUCACUUAGUUUAUAAAUGUUUUUACUAUUUUUUUGAGACAGGUUCUCUCUCUCUGUUGCCUAGGCUGGAGUGCAGUGUGGCACUUCUUAGCUCACGUGAAUUCCAAGUGAUCCUCCUACCUCAGCAUUCUGAGUAGCUGGUACUACAGGGCCCACCACCACACCUGGCUAAGUUUUUAAUUUUUUUGUAGAAACGGGGUGUUGCUUUGCUGCCCAGGGUAGUCUUGAACUCCUAGGCUCAAGAGAUCCUCCUGCCUCAGCCUCCCCUUAAAUAUUUUAUGUUUAAUAGCUAUUCAGGGCCGGGCACAGUGGCUCACGCCUGUAAUCCCAGCACUUUGGGAAGCCAAGGUUGGUGGAUCACCUGAGGUCAGGAGUUCAAGAGCAGCCUGGCCAAUAUGGUGAAACCCCUUCUCUACUAAAAAUACAAAAAUUAGCUGGGCGUGGUGGUGGGCACCUGUAAUCCCAGCUACUUGGGAGGCUGAGGCAGGAGAAUCACUUGAACCCGGGAGGCCGAGGUUGCAGUGAGCAGAGAACGCACCAUUGUGCUCUAGCCUGGGCAACAAGAGCAAAACUUAGUCUCAAAAAAAAAAAAAAAAAGCUAUUCAGCAUUUUAUGCUAUCAUUAUAUUCUAGUUUGUUUAGUUAUCCUCUGGGCAUGUAGGUUCUGGUUUUUAUAGUUAUCAAUUAUGCUGUUAUAAAUUUUAUAUAUUCUACCUAUUGCAGGUGGAGAUAAGUACUUGUUUGUUUAGAACUGACAAACCAGGUCACUGGCAGAGCUCAUAGAACUUACAUUCUGGGGGAGAAGACAGGCAAUCAACAGAAUCGACAAAGGACAUAUUCAACUUAGAUAGACCACGAUAAGUGCUGUAAAUAAACCAGCACAGGGGCCUGUGAGAAGUCAGGGAUGAUGACAUUUUAGUUUAUACCCUCUAAUGGAAUUACUGAAUUACAGUGGGAACUGGCCCUGGCACAUUAUCAGGUUGUUCUUCAGAAUGAUGGAGCCAGUUGACAACGAUGCAGAGAUUUUGCUCUGUCAACUUUGGGUUUAACUUAUUUUUUAAUUAAUUUAAUAGUGGUGGUUGUGUGAGAAUGGACUAAUACAGGGGUAGAAAAACAGGAUCAGGCCGGGCGCGGUGGCUCACGCCUGUAAUCCCAGCACUUUGGGAGGCCGAGGCAGGUGGAUCACGAGGUCAGGAGAUCGAGACCACGGUGAAACCCCAUCUCUACUAAAAAUACAAAAAAUUAGCCGAGCACGGUGGCAGGCGCCUGUAGUCCCAGCUACUCUGGAGGCUGAGGCAGGAGAAUGGCGUGAACCCAUGAGGCGGAGCUUGCAGUGAGCCAAGAUCGCGCCACUGCACUCCAGCCUGGGCGACAGAGCAAGAUUCUGUCUCAAAAAAAAAAACAAAAAACAAAAAAAAAAGAAAAACAGGAUCGUAAAGUGUGAUAUGGUCCAUAAAAAUGAUUCUAGUGUGAAAAUGGACAUUUCUUUAAUCACUAGCAUAUAAAUUUUCUCUGUAUUUUUCCACGUGUACAGAAUCUGUUCCUUAUCCUUGCUUACUUAUCAAUUAAAACCUGGUAUUGGUCGGGCAUGGUGGCUCAUGCCUGUAAUCCCAGCACUUUGGGAGGCUGAGGCAGGCAGAUCACUUCAGUCCAGGAUUUUAUUUUUAUUUAUUUAUUUAUUUUGAGACAGAGUCUUGCCCUGUUGCCCAGAAUGGAGUGCAGUGGCACGAUCUCGGUUCACUGCAACCUCCACCUCCCGGGUUCAAGCGAUUCUCCUGCUUCAGCCUCCUGAGUAGCUGGGACUACAGGCGCCCGCCACCACGCCUGGCUAAUUUUUUAUAUUUUUAGUAGAGAUGGGGUUUCACCAUGUUGGCCAGGCUGGUCUCGAACUCCCGGCCUCAAAUGAUCCACCUGCCUUGGCCUCCCAAAGUGUUGGGAUUACAGGCAUGAGUCACCGUGCUUGGCUGAGACCCUGUCUCUUAAAAAAAAAAAAAGGCAGAAUAUUGGAAUAGACAUCUUAUCAAAGCAGACAUUGGAAUGGCUAACAUGCGUAUAUAAGUGCUCAACAUUAUUAGAGAAGUACAAAUUAAAACCACAAUGAGGGUUGGGUGCAGUGGCUCGCGCCUGUAAUCCCAGCACUUUGGGAGGCCGAGGCGGGCAGAUCACAAGGUCAGGAGUUCAAUACCAGCCUGGCCAAUAUGAUGAAACCCUAUCUCUACUAAAAAUACAAAAAUUAGACAGGCUUGGUGGUCCCAGCCUGUAGUCCCAGCUAUUAGGGAGGCUGAAACAGAAGAAUCACUUGAACCCAGGAGGCAGAAGUUGCAGUAAGCCGAGAUCGUGCCACUGCACUCCAGCCUGGGUGACAGAGCGAGACUCUAUCUCAAAAAGAAAAUACCACCAUGAGAUACCACUACAUAGCCACUAAAAUGGCUAUAUCAAAAAGACUGACAGUAACAAGUGCUGGCAAGGAUGUGAGGAAAUAGGAACCCUCAUACAUUGCUAGUGGGAAUGUAAAAUGGGGCAGUCAUUUUGGAAAAUAGUUUGGCAGUUUCUUAAAAUGUUAAACCUAGGCCGGGUGCAGUGACUCAAGCCUGUAAUCCCAGCACUUUGGGAGGCCGAGGUAGGCAAAUCACUUGAGCCCAGGAGUUUGAGACCGGCCUGGCCAACAUGGUGAAACCUCAUCUCUACUAAAAAUACAGAAAAUUAGCUGGGCGUGGUGGUACACGCCUGUAAUCCCAGCUACUCAGGAGGCUAAGGCACGAGAAUUGCUUGAACCCAGGAGGUGGAAGUUGCUGUGAGCUGACAUCGCGCCACUGCACUUCCAGUGUGUGACAAGAACAAGACCCUGUCUCUAAAUAAAUAAAUAAAUAAAUAAAUACUAUAUGACUCAACCCAUUCAGUUCAUAGCUAUCUACCCAAAAUAAAUGAAAACAUAGUUCUACACAAACUCUUGUGUGGUGACAAAAGUGACUCCAUCUUGGAUGCUAAUCUGCCAUGUUGACCUCAGAUUAACUGCAGUCCUGUGAAUACCUCCUGAUUCCUUGUUUAUUUACUGUCUUUAAGAAUAUGUACUCACAAUAUAUCCUACCUUUAGGUCAAAGCAACCUUGAUGUUAUUGCACAACUCAUCCUGGCCUGUUAUAGAGGGUUGCCUUUCAUUGUGUCUAUAGUGCACAUACCCUUUUUCCUAUGGUAUAUAAGUCCUGGGUCUGGGGAAUAAUGGUGUGGAGAUCUACCUGACUUGUUGCUGACCAAGACCAUGCUUGUGUCCAUCAGUUCCCUAAUAAAUUGCCCUCUGCUGAUAAA